AUGACGGAUUGUCACACAUCAAACGUGGCGAGGAACAUAAGUUUCAGGGUUCAAGUAGAAGAUAUUGUAGAUGACGAGAGGCCACCCCGAGGACGGGACAAGCAUCAUGCUGCCGUUCAUAUUGAGGGAAGGACAGUGACCCCUGUCGUCCAGGAAAAUCUUGAUCGUCCAGUGAUAGCUGGUCAUUUAGAGAAUGUCUUAAAUGACUUCCAGAACAGGAUGACCGCUGUCAUGGAAGAGCAUAUUAAGAACAAUAUGUUGUUCUUUCAGAUAAAUCCAGGAGGAGAUGCAGCAGAGCCGCUCAAAGCGAGGUCUCAAGAGGGUCGUCCAAGGACUAGCCGGCCACCUCGGCCAGAGUUGUCCAGGCCGCCUUCCAAGGGAAAGCAGCCAGCUGUUAAGCUCCCGACGAUCGAGCCUUUCGAUGGAACAAUAGAUCCAGAUGAUCAUUUGUCAGCCUACAAGCACCAGAUGUACGUCCAAGGAGUUGACGACGCUACAUGGUGUAAGAAUUUUCCAGCCACAUUGAAGGGAGUGGCGCAGAAGUGGUUCAACAAUUCACCUCCUAACUCAGUGAACAAUUUCACUGAGCUUAGUAUCUUGUUUACCAGCCAUUUUGUGGCAAACCGUCAAGAGCAGAAGACAAGCAUGCACUUAGGUCUAAGACCUGGCAGCUUUAAGUUUGAUUUAGUGAAGAAGAAGAUAACAACCUUAAUAGAGGCUCUAAAGGAAGCCGAAGCAUUCAUCCAUGCCACGGAAGUUUGUGCAGAAGCCAAAGAGCCGGAGCCGAAGAAAGCUGAUGAGGCAGUUCAGCCAAAAAAGAGUCUCCCUAAGAAAGCUGAAACUUGGGUGAUGACUUUAAUGACCACCUCGUCCAAGAGGAGCAGGAGGUCUAAGCCGGCAGCCUCAGUUGAGCCCAUAGAGUUCAACAAAGAUCAGUAUUCCAUUCUCAUGGAAACUAAAGAUCUACAUGAGUUGAAGGCCCCGGCAGAGAUGAAGACGCCCUACAGGAAUAGGGACAAAAGCAAGUAUUGUCAUUUCCACAAGGAUUGUGGUCAUGAAACGAAUGAGUGCAAGCAUCUCAAGAGAGCAUUGGAGGAUUUGGCCCGAAAGAGAAAAAUGAACUCUUAUCUACCUUCGUCAGUAAGAAAAUUCCAGAAAAAAGACAAUCGUCAGGGAAGAAGGAUGGAUGACGAAAGUACUAAUGAAGACGUUGUAAUGGUAAUCUCUGGGGGAUUCGCAGCUGGAGGUCCAACAACUCGCGGCCAUAAAAACUAUCUGAGGGAACUCAGCCAGGUGAUGCUCACCAAUCACGUAGAGGCUGAUCCUUUCCCCAAGAUAGUGGUCAGUGAGCAGGAUCGGGGAAAGAUAAGAACCCCUCAUGACGACCCGCUGGUGGUGGAAAUGAAGAUUGCUAAUCUCAGGGUGCGACAGAUCCUGAUUGAUACAGGAAGUUCCACCGACAUCAUCAGCGUGGAUUGUCUCUCAAGAUUAAAGUUUGAUGAGAAUGAAUUGGUGCCUGUAAAUCAUCCUAUCAUUGGUUUUGGCGGGGGGUAA